CUCCUGGGCAACUUUGACCUGACCGGCAUCCCUCCGGCUCCACGCAGCGUCCCUCAGAUCGAGGUCACCUUCGAGAUCGAUGUCAACAGCAUUCUGCGCAUUACCGCAGAGGACAAGGGCACAGGCAACAAGAACAAGAUCACCAUCACCAAUGACCAGAACCGGCUGACGCCCGAGGACAUUGAGCGCAUGGUGAAUGAGGCAGAACGCUUCGCUGAUGAAGACAAGAAGCUGAAGGAGCGCAUCGACGCCCUCAACGAGCUGGAGAGCUGCUCCUACUUCCUGAAGAACCAGAUUAGGGACAAAGAGAAGCUGGGCGUCAAGCUGUCGUCCGAUGACAAGGAGGCCAUCGAGAAGGCCAUCGAGGAGAAGAUCGAGUGGCUGGAGUCUCACCAGGACGCAGAUCUCGAGGACUUCCAGGCCAAGAAGAAGGAGCUGGAGGACAUCGUGCACCCCAUCGUAAGCAAGAUGUACGGCAGUGCGGGUGGCCCGCCAUCAGAGGAUGAAGACAAAAAGGAUGAGUUGUAA